CACUCACUGGCAUCAGCUCACAGAAGCAGCAGUGCAGUUGAGAGCGGAUCGCUGGUAAUUACACCGUUCCGAAGGCUUAUCCUGUGCGCCGAGAACAGGAAAGAAAUGGAGGACUGGAUCAGCUCGCUGAAAUCGGUUCAGUCCAGAGAGCAUUACGAGACGGCACAGUUUAAUGUGGAACAUUUCUCAGGGAUGCACAACUGGUAUGCCUGCUCCCACGCUCGCCCUACCUUCUGUAAUGUCUGUCGGGACAGCCUCUCAGGGGUCACUUCUCAUGGCCUCUCUUGUGAAGUGUGUAAAUUCAAGGCCCACAAAAGAUGCGCAGUCAGGGCCACCAACAACUGCAAAUGGACAACGUUGGCCUCUAUCGGCAAGGACAUCAUUGAGGACGAGGAUGGGAUUGCGAUGCCACACCAAUGGCUGGAAGGCAACCUGCCUGUCAGUGCUAAGUGUGCCGUUUGCGACAAAACCUGUGGCAGCGUGCUGCGCUUGCAGGAUUGGCGUUGUUUGUGGUGCAAAGCCAUGGUGCACACGGCAUGCAUGGAUCUCUACCCCCGCAAAUGUCCCCUCGGCCAGUGCAAAGUGUCCAUCAUCCCCCCUACCGCCCUCAACAGCAUCGACUCGGACGGUUUCUGGAAGGCCACCUGUCCCCCAUCAUGCGCUAGUCCACUCCUCGUGUUUGUCAACUCAAAAAGUGGAGACAACCAAGGGGUAAAAUUCCUGCGUCGCUUCAAACAGCUGCUCAAUCCCGCUCAGGUCUUUGACCUGGUCAACGGUGGACCUCAUUUAGGCCUUCGCUUGUUCCAAAAGUUCGACAACUUCCGAAUCCUCGUGUGCGGUGGAGAUGGAAGCGUUGGUUGGGUCCUGUCUGAAAUCGAUAAACUAAAUCUUCACAAACAGUGCCAGCUGGGCGUUCUGCCGCUGGGCACCGGAAAUGACCUGGCGCGGGUGCUCGGCUGGGGGCCGUCCUGUGACGAUGACACUCAACUCCCUCAGAUACUGGAGAAGCUGGAGCGAGCCAGCACCAAGAUGCUGGACAGGUGGAGUAUAAUGACGUAUGAGAUUAAAAUACCUCCCAAACACAGCUGCCCCGCCACACCUGAGGAGGCAGAGGACGGCCAGUUACAGAUAUCUGCUUAUGAGGAUUCAGUGGCUGCUCAUCUCACGAAGAUCCUGAACUCAGAUCAGCACUCAGUGGUCAUAUCUUCAUCAAAGGUGUUGUGUGAGACAGUGAAGGAAUUUGUGGCCAAAGUUGGGAAGUGUUAUGAGAGAAGCAGUGACAGUACAGAGGAAGCUGAUGCACUUGCCCUCAAAUGUGCGAUUCUGAACGAGAAGCUGGACUCCCUCCUGCAGACGCUGAAUCUGGAGGCGCAGGCCAUGACGCCCUCAGCCCUCACCACGCCACCCAUCGUGGAGGAGGAGGUGGAGGAGGAGGAGCUGGAGGAAGAGGAGGAUCUGAGUGAAGAGUCUUUAACGGAGCUGAAGGAGAAUGAGACUGAGAAAGGCUCUGCUCAUAAGCUCUUCAGACCCCGCGAGCAGCUUGUGCUGAGAGCCAACAGCCUGAAGAAAGCGCUCAGACAGAUCAUCGAGCAGGCAGAGAGAAUGGUGGAUGAGCAGAACGCUCACACGGAGGAGCAGGAGCUGCAGUCUCCCACUGACUUCAGGAAGGACAGUGAGGAGGAAAACCGAGACAACGAGAAGGACGAGGACACUAAAGAACUGGAAGCUCUGCCCUUGGCUAAGUCGCCGUGUUUGCCGCCAGAGAGGCGUGUCAGUCGCAGCACUCAGUCCUGCGGCUCCUUUUCCAUCACUCCCUUCACCACAAGCAAGGAGAACCUGCCUGUUCUCAACACACGCAUCAUCUGUCCCGGUCUGCGGGCAGGUCUUGCUGCAUCCAUAGCUGGAAGCUCCAUAAUCAGUAAGAUGCUGCUUGCCAACAUUGAUCCAUUUGGUGCCACACCCUUCAUAGAUCCUGACCUGGACUCACUAGAGGGCUAUUUGGAGAAGUGUGUGAUGAAUAACUACUUUGGCAUUGGGUUAGAUGCAAAGAUCUCACUGGAGUUCAACAACAAACGUGAGGAGCACCCAGAGAAAUGCAGAAGUCGCACUAAAAACAUGAUGUGGUAUGGAGUUCUGGGGACGAAAGAACUUCUGCAGCGGACCUACAAGAACUUGGAGCAGAAAGUUCAGCUGGAGGUGAGCCAAAUAGAAGUUCCUGUACGGAGCCGCCUAGUGGUGAUGAGCUAUUUUCAUGAUUAUUGUUUUUUUUGUCUCUUCAUGCAGAUAUUUUGUGCCCCUUCAUUCGAUGACAAAAUUUUGGAAGUGGUCGCUGUGUUUGGUAGUAUGCAGAUGGCUGUCUCGAGGGUGAUCAAACUGCAGCAUCACCGUAUUGCACAGUGUCGCACGGUGAAGAUCACCAUCCUGGGAGAUGAAGGAGUGCCGGUCCAGGUGGAUGGAGAAGCCUGGAUUCAACCUCCUGGAGUCAUCAAGAUUCAGCACAAGAACCGGGCCCAGAUGCUGACAAGAGACAGGGCAUUUGAAAACACGCUGAAGUCUUGGGAGGAUAAACUGAAAUACGACAAGCCUCCGCUGAGGCCGCCCCUGUAUCCUCAGCACUCUGUGGAUCUGGCCACAGAAGAGGAGGCCACGCUCAUCCAGAUGUGCGCUCGAGCUGCAGAGGAUCUCAUCACCAGGAUCUGUGAGGCUGCCAAAAACUACCAACUCCUCGAGCAGGAGCUGGCCCACGCCGUCAACGCCUCCUCACACGCCAUCAACAAAACACACCCCAAGUUCCCCGAGAGCCUGACAAGAAACACUGCCAUUGAGGUGGCCAGCACCGUGAAGGCCCUGCACAAUGAGACCGAGUCGCUGCUAGUAGGACGAGUGCCAUUGCAACUGGACCCUCCGCAUGAAGAGCUGCUGUCCAGUGCCCUGCAGAGCGUUGAGGUUGAACUGGGCAAGCUGGCUGAGAGCCCCUGGCUCUACCACAUCUUACAGCCCAAUGACGAGGAGGAUAACUCGCUUGAGUACGGAAAAAGAAACAGUCGGAGUGGCAUGUUUCGCAUAGUGCCAAAGUUCAAGAAAGAGAAAGCCCCAAAGAAGUCCAGCCCACAGUCAGUUCAGAGGUGGGGCACUGAGGAGGUGGCCACCUGGCUGGAGCAGCUCAGCUUGGGAGAAUACAAAGAGACCUUCAUCCGCCACGACAUCCGCGGCUCCGAGCUCCUGCACCUGGAGAGGAGAGACCUCAAGGAUCUGGGGAUCUCGAAGGUGGGUCAUAUGAAGAGAAUUCUCCAGGGAACUAAGGACUUGGCCAAGAGUUCGAUGGUGGACCUGUGAGAGACGUCAACAUACAUUCCGUUCGUGAGAGAAGAGGAGUUGCAGCGGGAGCUGGAUCUCUGUAGGAAUAGCUUGUAGAAAAGCUAGGGAUGUUUGUUUUCGAGCAAGUGCUGAUGCCAAAAAAACAAGGAUUGUGUCCCAUGACUUUUAGACCCAUAGGAAAGCCAUUCCUCCCUUAUCGCAUCGACGGCACAAUCAGGUAUGCAAUACUCAUCGUGCACGUGACCUCUGGCCUCUAUUACAGAUUCCAAAUCAAGUAGCAGAACAGGACUUCCAAACCGAGAGGAGAGGAGAGGAGCACACGGCCUCUGAGUAGCUCACUGGCUCUUUACCUUGCGGUAGAUGGCAACAAUAGGAGGGCGAUGUGAUGUGUCAGCAAUAUUCUGCUUUUGACAGCACUGUUUACAUUUUAAGGAGACGGGAAAAAGACUGCUGGAGUAUCGCAAUCAUAGUAGUGCGGCGGUGCAGUCCAGGAAAGGUCAAAAGGGGUUUCCUUCGCCAGUGACAUACUGAUGCAUGGUAUGCUUGCUAUAUUUGGAUAGCUGUUUUACUGCAUGAUCUGCGUCUUGUUUUUUAUUGUACAAAUUUACACUUGAACAAGUUUUAUAUGAAUUUAGUAUAAUGCCAUUUGUUACUACUGAAGCAUCCCUUUGGUCUAAGUAGACUGCUGAUUUAUUUCUAUUUAUCUGUCUGCAUGGAAACCUCGUGUCAAAGCAGUGUCAUGUGCCAUAUUUAUUGUCAGAUGAACUUUAUUGGUAAGAAAUGUUUUAAUCUUACAGUAGGACGUUAUGUAAGUCAGUGAAAUAAGUACCAAAGCGAAUGUCCCCUGGUUUAUGUUCUUUAAAACAUUUCAAGUUUAGUUUUCCCCCUUAAAUAUUUGAGAUAUUCAUCGCAAAUGGUCAAAUCUGAAGUAGUUCAGAAAAACAUGGACACGGCGACUCUUUGUAGCUUAAAACUUAUUAUUAUACAUUAGUUGAAAUAGGACUUCUAUUGUUUUGAAUAAGAAAUUGCAGUUGACCUGCAACAUUACAUAGUUGAUAUUUACUGAGUUCAGGAACCCAGUGCAAGUUUGAUAGGAUCCUCUACAUUUGGUUGAUGGCAUUACAGGGUAUAAGAGAUUGUUUGUUUGUUAAUAUAUGCACUGUAUAUAUAUACGUUUAAAAAGUCUAAACUGUUAACUCCAGUUAUGAGUAAAGACUUUGUAUAAUAGAACGCUUACAUGAUAUUAUCAGAUGAGACAUUUAUUUGUGUAUAGAGCACCAUAACACCUUUUUGAAUUAUUCUGUUUAGUAAUCGCCUUUACACGUUAAGUGCAGUUGUACUCUAUGGAAGGUGCAAUAUUGUAUUUAUUUUGAUACAGUUCUUCUCUAUGAAGCUUUAUUAUGUGAGGUUUUUCCAUGGAAAACUAAAAAGAUAAACUUUACACACUCCUCUUUUUUCGGUUUUGGAUUAAGGCGGACUUUGGGUCAGACAAAUCAUGCCAUGUUCUCUCCAAAAUUAAUAAAUCUUCCAUAAGCAAAUUGUUGAUCCUGUCUAACCGUGCUUCCAGGAUAAUUUGCUAGAUGGCUGGAUGUUUCCUCACACCGACUAUAAAACUGUUGUGCCUCUAUUUUUUCCGUAAAAUGGAAAAUUUCGAGCUCGGAGCUACACGUAGUUCUACAUAAGCCAACCCGACCAUCAGUGCAUGUAGGACUCAUAACAGUGGAUUUUUGUUGAUGUUAUAUUAUAAUGUUCCUCUAGAGGGUGUUCGAUAACAUCAGAGUAGUACUUGAUAUAUAUACAGAGCGAAAGAGAGUAGUGUCGAAAAAGAUGUGGUGUUCCCAAACAAGAAAUGCUAUCCUACCCACAAUUUACCUGAACUGAGAAUUCAAACAAAUAUGGAGUCCCUGGAGGACUGGAUUUGGUCUGUUGGGUGGAACCGAGCAGGAUGUUUUUAAAAAGAAAAAUACACAUUUGAAGAGUUUGGUGAGAGUUUAGGCAUUCUUAUCAAAUGAUGGGACUAAAAAUGAGACUUAAUUCAUGACAGCAUUCAUUAAUCAAUUAUAGAUUACAACUGGUUUUGCUCCAGGAUCCGAAUUUCGCCUUCAGCUUCACAUGGCGCCAAACGCAGGGCCGAAUAGUUUAUUGUACACAAAGGAAUAAGAAAAUGUCCUUAAAAGUCAUUAAUAUUAUCAUGAACUGCAUAGAACAUUGACAAUAUUGUGAAUGCGCAAACAGUAGAAGUGUGAUUUACACUUUUUAUAGCUUGUGUGUUUGGUUUCUAAAUGUCAGUUGAGUUUUGAUGGUUUUAUGCUCUCGGCAGCCAAUAAUUCACCACAUAAAACACAUUGUGGUCUGCACAAACCAUGUUUAUUCUUGUUGUAAGUGAACCCGUAUUUAAUGUAGUUUGGCCUUGUCCAUAUUGACAUUGUCUAGCCUCCACCAAAUGAAAGACGAACUUAAUACCCUCCAGUUUGAUUGGACGCAUAAUGCUGGACGUACAAAUUGAAAGAUGAGGAAAACAUUUUCUCCUCUCUUUUAAAAGUUGAUAAGCCUUUUUAUAUGUCUAUCCUAACUACACACAAUUAUACAGUUAAUGGCAUUCUAGCAGAUGAGAACCACUGGCGUCCAUAAUAAAGACAACAGUGCGGCCUGCUUUUAUCAGCAAUUUGUCCAUUGCAGUUUAAUUGACAACUAAAUGUAUCUCACUUCCCGUCUUUUCUCAUUAGUGAGUAUCUGCUGAGGUUUCAGCAUCUGCCUGUAGGCAUUUCAGGUUGGCUGUUUAAUCCAUCAGCUGGCCCACAUGAAAUCUGCGCCAGCAGAACUCCGCGAAAACCUCUGCAGAUUGGGAUGCGCAUCAAGUUUUACACAUUCCCUUUCACUUGCGUAUUCCUUUAUUAAAUAUUUUGGCCAGCUAAAUGCUUUCAUCUACCACUUAGUCUCUGGAUAACACAUUUGACCUUUUUAAAACCCAUUCACAGAUAUUUUCUCCAAAAUCAAUGCAUCUGGGCUUAUUCAUAGGUGACAGAAAAAAAAAAAACUGUAAUCUGAUAAACAUUUGAUCCGACAAUCAAAUGGGCCAUUUAUAGCAACAGUUCUGUUUGUGGUUAUAUAAAAUCAAAACCUAUGUGCACAUACGUCCACGCAUUCCGAAACACGACUGAAUGUACUGAUAUAUGCUUAUCAGAUAUGCAUUUCUGAGUGACCGCAUUAUAAAAGAUGAUUACCCCAACUAGCUAGAAUCAUUACCAAAGACACAAGAUCAUUUCCAGAACACUACAAAGCUCCCCGAAGCCCGGUUUAAUUGGCCAUAAACAUGAUCUCUUUUUGACAGCUGUAGCAGAUCGACCUUGUAUAUGGUGCCUCUGUAUAGUUCAUUUGUUCACAACAGACUCAAAUCACACAAGUGCAGUCUUCCUCUCAUUGCCACACUAAACACAUGUGCACAUGAUCACAUGAACCUCAGUUCAGUUCUCAAGCCAACACAUGAGUGUUUUUCAUUGGACUAUGAGUGACGGUGGGCUUCGGCUUAUGGCGAACGUAAAGCUGUAAACUGCCUGGUUUUUCAAAAACAAAUUAAUUUGAGGAAUUUGUAGAGCAAGGUAACAUAUCUUUGACAUGAUUUAUGUCCAGUAAGAGAAGUGUGAUGCAAGUUUCAUUUGUUUACAUUGUGUUCACAAUGGCACAGUUUCAUUUUUAAGACUACAUGUAUAGGUAUAUUUACAAUACUUGCAUAUUUAUUAAGGUUAAACAACUGAUGUGUAUGUGUUUUCACUAUUGGGAUAUAAUGUUACGGUAGUCACUUGUAUUGAUAUCUGGAUGAUUUUGGUAAGUAGUAGGUAAUUUUUAUGACUACUAAGUGACUGUUUUCUGUGCCUUUUUAUCGUAGAUGCAUGGUUAACUAUUUAUUACAAUAUGGAGGUCACUGAGAUGUGUAUUUUUGUAUCCUGAUUAAGUGUUUCGAUUUUGAUGUACAUUUUGAGGUGGUAAAACACUGCCAGUUGAUAUCUUCCUUCUUCAAUAAAAUUGAAUGCAU